AUGGAUAUCGACGAGCUCGUCGUCGACAACACCUACCAGCUUGGCGGCUCGGAUGACGAGCGUGAGCGUGCCCAAAAUGCUGCUCUUCACGAGCAGAUUGAGCGCAAGAAGCGCUUGCGCCGUAUGGCUGUCCCGACCGACGACAAGAAGGUCCGCGAGCGCCUGCGUGCGUACGGCGAACCCAUCACGCUGUUUGGCGAAGGACCCGGAGACCGUCGAGACCGUUUGAAGCACAUCCAGGAGCGCUACGAAGAGGAGAAGGGGCGACCUCUUGCCGACUUUGACUCGGACGAGAGCUCUGACGAGGAGGAAGGAGAGUUCUACACCGAGGGCUCCGACGCAUUGCUGCAAGCGCGCCGUAAGAUUGCGACCUAUUCCCUCAGUCGGGCAAGGAGAAGGAUCGCCCGGCAGCGUCUCGAGUACGACCUUCCUCUCGGCCGCAUUGUGAAUGUGCGCAAAGAGGUGUUUAGCGAGCUGCAAACGUUCACCAACCUUGGCUCGCAGUUUGGCGACGACCGCCCGCUGUCGACCAUUCGCUUCUCCCCCAACUCUCAGCUCCUCUUGACAACAAGUUGGACUGGCGCAGCCAAGGUGUGGGACCUGCCAAACCUCAACCAGGUUGCGGUGCGACGUGGACACACUGAAAAGGUCGGCGGCGCAGCCUGGCACCCCGAGGCGACGAUUGGCCUGAGCGAGUCAGCAGUCAACUUUGCCACUGGAGGAGGCGAGGGUGACGUCAAGCUGUGGAGCUUGGCAGAGGAGAAGCCGCUGGCGACUCUGUCGGGACACACCAACCGCGUUGGCCGUGUCGCAUUUCACCCCUCUGGCGCAUACCUCGGCAGCGCGAGCUUUGAUGGCACCUGGAGGAUGUGGGAUGUCGCGACCAGCACCGAGCUGCUCACCCAGGAAGGACACAGCAAGGAGGUUGUUGCUCUCGCGUUCCAGGACGACGGCGCGCUGGCUGCCAGUGGUGGAUUUGACGCGAUUGGACGCGUGUGGGACAUUCGCACUGGCCGGACGGCCAUGGUUCUCGAUGGCCACGCAAAGGAGAUUCUCUCCAUGGACUUCGCUCCCAACGGCUACCAGGUCGCCACCGGGUCAGGAGACAACACUGUCCGUAUCUGGGACCUGCGUGCUCUGCGGACGCAGCACACUAUCCCGGCCCACUCGAGCUCAGUCUCGGACCUGCGCUUCUUCCGUGCGAGCGGCGAGAACCCGUUCGUCCCUCUCGACGCACCAAUCGACACUACUCCCCUUCCAGCCGCCAACGGAUCGAACGGCACGACCAACGGCGACAAGAUGGACGUUGACGACAAGACAGAUGCCGAGCCAGACGCAGACACGCGUACGCCUACGCCAGCAGCACCGUCGGUCGACGUUCCUCGCUCGGGUCUCUUCCUCGUGACCGCGGGCUUUGACUGCAACGUGCGUGUCUGGAGUGCAGACGAGUGGGCGCGUGUUCGCAACCUGGCCACAGACGCAGGCAAGGUCAUGAGUGCGGAUGUGAGCAGCGAUGGCAAGUUUAUUGCGAGCGCGAGCUAUUCUCGCAACUUCCAUCUGUUUGGUGGCGACAACUCGCUGUAG